GGACACCCAGAUUUGCAGGCGGCAGGCGGGGGAAGGUGAGGCGUCGCUGGGAGGAGCUGCCCGUGCCGGGUCCCUCGGCUGCCGGGGCUUCCCGGAGGCGGCAGCGGCGCUCCCCCGCCCCGCGGAGCAGAUCAGAAGUAAUACACUUGGUUAAUCUCUCUGGAAGAGGCAUGGCAUAGUUUCCAGCUACUAGAAGCAUUUAAGGUUUAUAUACCAGAAAUAUUGUCAUACUCUUUCUGUUGGUUCUCUCAGUUCUGGGGACURUUGCGUGCUUGAAUCAAGUUUGUGCUUUUGAAUAAGAGAUUCAAAGAAACCUGCCACAAGGUGAAACUUUAUGGACAUAGCUUUGCAUCCCUGGAUUUUUUGUUCCCCCUCUGGAAAAUCUGGGCAAAGAUAACUGGAGCUGAAGCCUGGCCUGAGUGAUAAAACUCCACCGGUCAAUUGAAGACUCAAGAUGUGGACAGAAUGGCUGGGAAAAGGGAGAAAUUUCGCUGUUUAUCAUGGCAGAAUGUGGGAAACAUGACAGCAAAAACACUGUUUUCAUGUAAUAUUGCAACAGCAUUUCUGUCUUUCAUUAUUGCAAAAAAAUGUGAAGCCUAUGAUGUGAUGUUAAGGCAAAGUCUUGUGCCUGAUGGGCAGCCUCUUGCUAUUAAAUGUUCACUGGAAAAGAACUUGAAAAGUGGAGACUACAACUUAACAUGGUAUAAAGUUGGUAACCAGACWGCUGUGCCUAGAGACAAAAUGUCUAGAGUUCAUCAGCAGAAGAAUUUAAUUUGGUUUCUUCCUGCAAUGUUAGAAGAUUCUGGAGAUUAUGAAUGUGUAAUAAGAAAUUUGACAAGCUGCAGGAAAAUGUGUACAAAAGUAACAGUUUUUGAGARGACUGAUGGUUUAUGCUUAAAUAAAAAAUUUGCUGUGGAGGAGGUGAUAUUCACAUCCUCAUCUGCAAGAGUCGUGUGUCCACACUUGGAUUAUUUCAGGAAUGAGAAAAAUAAUCAGCCUGUACGUUGGUACAAGGACUGCCAGCUGCUGGAAGGAAAAAGGUUUGCCCCCUUGAACAGUGACCUUAUAAUUUUUAAUGUGACUGUACAUGAUCGAGGAAACUACACAUGUGAAACAACAUAUACAUACAAUGGAAAAAAAUACAACAUUUCACGAGACAUCAGUCUGAUUGURGAAGUGACCCCACCUAAAAAGCCUCCAGAAAUAUCUUACCCAAGAAACAACUCCAUUGAAGUGGAACUCGGUUCACAGGUUACUGUGGAUUGCAAUACAACAGGUGCUGAGGUGUAUGAGGUGUAUUGGACAGGCAACGGUGUGUACAUUGAUAUAUUUUAUAUGAGCAGGAUUUUUGCAAGUCCCUAUGAGGGAGAAACUUCUUACGAUGGGCGCCCAAUGCAUUCUCUGAAGCUGAUAAUUUCGGAAGUGAGCAGUGAAGAUUAUGAACAUCCAUUUGUCUGUCAGGCUUCAAAUGCCUUUGGGGAAGUUGCAUCCUAUAUCAUGUUAAAACACAGAGUUCCUGAUAUACAAAGAUGGCUGAGUGGAGGGCUUGUCUCUUUGUUAAUUUUGACAUUUAUUACUUUGAUAAUCUACAAGAUUUUCAAGGUCGAUUUGGUGCUUUGGUACCGUAAUUCUGUCUGUGCCCUUACAAGUAAGGAAGAUGGGAAAAUCUACGAUGCGUAUGUCCUGUGUGCAAAAAGCAGCGAAGGCAGCAGUGUCUGUUGUCUGGAAACUUUUGUUCGUAGAAUACUCCCAGAUGUUUUAGAAAAACAAUGUGGAUAUAAUCUCUUCAUAUUAGGAAGGGAUGAUUUACCAGGAGAAGCUGUGGUCAGUGUUGCUGAUGAAACCCUUAAGCAAAGCAGAAGACUGAUGAUUAUUUUGGGAUCAGAAACUUGCAGUUGUUGCCUGUUAGAAGAYACCUCUGAGCAACAGCUAGCUAUGUAUAAUGCUCUCAUCCGUGAUGGGAUUCAGGUGAUUCUUAUAGAAAUGGAUGAAAUACGGGACUAYACAAACAUGCCAGAAUCAAUCAGAUACAUUAAGCAAAAACAUGGAGCUGUCCAAUGGAAAGGGGACUUCUCAGACAAAUCUUGUUCAGCAAAUACAAGAUUCUGGAAAAAUGUGCGUUAUCAAAUGCCACCCAGGAAAAAGGUAUCUUGUUCUGAAGUGUAUUUUUUGCCUCUAACUUCGAACAGUUCUGCAGCUAAGGGGAGUUAAGAAGYGCUUAUUUAAAUAAUACUGAGAAGGUAAUUCUGAAUUGGGAUGUUUCUUGUACAAUAUUUGUAUUACAAAGUAAAGGUUCUCUUUGAGGAGUAAAAACUGCCAUCUGUUCCCUAAACUACACCCGAAAAGAAAAGCUCCCUGAAAAGAAAAACUCCCUGAAAAGAAAAACUCUGUGCAACUUUAUUUCUGCUAAGGGCUUUGGAUAGUGAUACAAUUAGUUAUGUUAGUCUCCAUCAGAUAUUAGAAUGAAACAUGAUGAUGGUGGUAGGCUAUUAAGUGGUCAUGAUCCACAUAAAAGUUGCAUGAAGAAACAGCUUUGAAGUCCAUUUAAAAAAAAUUAAAACUGCAGUCGAUAAAUUAAAAAUCUAUUUAUAUCAUCAGCAUUUUCCUGGUUAUUCUGUUCCACUUCUUGUUGCCUCUCCAUGGUUGUCUGAUUUCCUUAUUGYUGCAAGAAUCUGCACUGUGCAAGCUUUGAAGCCUCCUCCUGAGCAGCAGACCUUAUCCUUGCUUCAUGAAGGGGUUGGGGAAAUACAUGACAUGGCAGGUAUAUUUAAAACUCACCACAAAUGUGUUUCUGCUGAACUAUUGGUGCCAAAUGUGUUCAGCAAAUGAAAGGAAGGGAAUGAAAUCCAUGGAUUUUUAGACAUUGGUUGAACAGUUCUGUGAUAUCUGGUAUAUGUUUYCUUUUUAAACUUAGUCUCUUGUAAUGCUUAGGAAACUGAAAAUAGUUCAGAUUUCUUGAGGACAGAAAGCUUUCUAGACUGUGCUGCUACUGUGGAAGCCAGAUGUUCUCAUGCUGUGUCUCAGCUGUGCUGACUGYGUGCACAGAAACUCACUGAGAGUCUGGCAUCUAUCCCUGCAUUAAUUAAUGGAUAGGGGAGGAACWUGUGCUCUGAGCCCAGAAUGGGUUGUUAGGACCAGAUAGAGUUAA